ACGAGACUGCUGGCUGGGACUGCUUCUGACAGUUUCAUACGAGAGAACCGUGAAGCGGUGUUACCACCUUUGUGCACGUUUUGAUACGGAUUGAAACCUGGGUCACUGCUGAAGUACUCCUAAAUUUUUUUCAUUGGGCAACGGGUGUCCUGCAUAUGAUGGGAGGAAAGCAAGGUAGACGGAGUUAAAUGUUUUGUUUGCCUUCGGGGAAAUAACUUACAUCGAUGAGGACAGUGGUGAUGGCUGUGUUCAAGCAACAAGAAGUAGAGGACUUCUAUGAGAUUGGGGAGGAACUGGGAAGCGGUCAGUUUGCCAUCGUGAAGAGAUGCCGAGAGAAGAGCACGGGGCAGGAGUACGCCGCCAAGUUCAUCAAGAAGCGGCAGAGCCGGGCGAGCAGGCGCGGGGUGCGGCGGGAGGAGAUCGAGCGCGAGGUCAGCGUCCUGCAGCAGAUCCAGCACCCCAACAACAUCACGCUGCACGACGUCUACGAGAACCGCACCGACGUGGUGCUCAUUCUGGAGCUGGUGUCUGGAGGCGAGCUCUUCGACUUCCUGGCCCAGAAAGAGUCCCUGAGCGAGGAGGAGGCCACACAGUUCAUUAAGCAGAUUCUGGAGGGCGUGCACUACCUCCACUCCAAAAAGAUUGCGCACUUCGAUCUCAAGCCUGAAAACAUAAUGCUUCUGGAUAAGAGCUUCCCCCUGCCCCGGAUAAAACUGAUCGAUUUCGGAUUGGCUCACCAAAUUGAGGAGGGAGUCGAAUUCAAGAACAUUUUUGGGACCCCUGAAUUUGUUGCUCCGGAGAUAGUGAACUAUGAGCCACUGGGAUUAGAAGCAGAUAUGUGGAGCAUAGGAGUCAUCACCUAUAUCCUAUUGAGUGGCGCCUCUCCGUUUCUCGGCGAGUCUAAACAGGAGACGCUGGCGAACAUCUCAGCCAUGAACUACGAGUUUGACGAGGAGUUCUUCAGCCACACCAGCGAGCUGGCCAAGAGCUUCAUCAGGCAGCUGCUGGAGAAGGACACAAGGAAAAGACUGACUAUACAGGAUGCCCUGAACCACCCCUGGAUUAAGCCCGCAAACCCCAGGCAGGCCCUGGUGCGCAGACUGUCCAUCAUCAACCUGGAGAACUUCCGGAGGGAGUACGCCCGGCGCAGGUGGAAGAUGUCUUUCAGGAUCGUCGCCCUUUGCAAUCACCUGACACGUAUGAUGAAGAAGGGACAUCCCAAACUGCAGGAUGAGCUGAGGGACUGUGCAAGCGACCAGGAGGAGGAGCCGGUGAAUAGGAGGUCAGGGAGAAGAAAGAGAAGCAGCACCUCCUGAGCACUGUCUCCCAAACCUACGAAUGACAUCUGCAAAUGGGACAGGGCGGGGCCUAGGAUGGACGACACGUCAGAACAAGGAAAGAACAAACAGACUGCACAUGACCAGACGAGACAAGAUGAUGCACUAUGAACUCCACACAUUCCGCAUUUCAGCAUUCAAAGAAAGGGCAAAAUCACAAUGCCGCCACGUCCAGGUGCUCCUGUACCCUCUCUUUUCAGGACAGAUCAAAAGAUCUAGGACAUUUGAAGUCGAGGUAAGCCUACAGGGGCAGUCAACAUUACUGGGUCAUAUGGACCAAUAAUAGAGACAAGAGGAAUGUAUCAAUGUUCAGAUGACAAAGCAUGGAAGGGAGCUUUUUAAAAGGGUUUUUAUUCUUGAAUGUAUACUUCAUUAUAAAGAUGCACAUUUGGCAAUUAACUUUUGUAAAUAUACUGACUGUGUACUCUAUAAGUGCCUUUGUAAACUGAAUGGUCCAUAGCCCUUUAAACAUUUUGGUAAAGGUUCUUCUAUAUAUUUGAGUCAUUCCAAACGUAUGCUGAAACACAGCACUGUACUCAUGUAAGUCUGCUUUUUUAUUUCAACACAACCUUGUUUUGGCAGUGAAUAUUAACAUUGCUCCGGGCAAGCUAGCAAGGUCACUCCCAGCAGCUGGAAGGAGUUGCUUUACUGUACCCUAGUUUGUAUUCUUUGGGAUCUAUUAACAUCAUACUGCAUAGAUAAAAAUAUGCCUCAAUAAUAUGCCUUUAGUUGAGAAACCUAGACUAUCAAUGCAGGUUAUCCUACACAACAUUCCAAAGUGCCAUAAUUUGCUUAAUGUGCUUAAACAUUGUAUGAGAGAAAAACAGUGAGUACAAUAUAUUAACAUACAUGUCAAAUAAAUGUACAUUUAUUGACAUUAUUUUCUCUAUUUUUCAGUAUUAUGAAGAAGGGAUGAUUAUUUUUGUUUUCUUGUAUUUUGCAAUUGAGGAAACCUGUUUAUCACUGCCUGGAAGA